ACUGGCUUUCCAGGACCCCCUGGUCCCAGUGGCCCCCCUGGCCCACCUGGACAUGCAGGUCCCCCUGGCUCUGCUGGAUACCAAGGCUCACCCGGAGAACCAGGACAACCUGGCGCUCCCGGACCUCCAGGCCCUGUUGGAAUGAUAGGCCCCGUUGGUCCACCAGGAAAAGAUGGAGAACCUGGAAGACCAGGGAGAAAUGGAGAUCGUGGAAUCCCUGGAUUACCGGGUCACAAGGGACACCCUGGAAUGCCUGGAAUGCCUGGAAUGAAAGGCCAGCGAGGUUUUGAUGGAAAAGAUGGUGCCAGAGGUGACAGCGGCGCUCCUGGUCCGAAGGGUGAAACAGGUCUUCCUGGAGCAAAUGGAUCACCAGGACAACCGGGGCCAAGAGGUCCAGCUGGUGAACGUGGAAGACCUGGGAAUCCUGGUGGCCCUGGUGCCCAUGGCAAAGACGGAUCUCCAGGAGCAGCAGGCCCACCCGGUCCCCCUGGUCCCCCUGGAACUGCAGGAUUUCCAGGCUCUCCAGGUUUCAAGGGUGAAGCUGGUCCUCCUGGUCCUGCUGGUGCUAGUGGUAGUCCUGGAGAGAGAGGGGAACCUGGUCCUCAGGGUCAUGCUGGGCCGCCCGGGCCUCAGGGUCCUCCUGGAAGAGCUGGAAGCCCUGGCAACAAGGGUGAAAUGGGACCUUCUGGUAUUCCUGGUGCUCCUGGUCUGCCAGGAGGCCGUGGUCUUCCUGGUCCUCCAGGUACAAGUGGAAACCCUGGAGCAAAAGGCACUCCGGGAGAACCUGGGAAGAAUGGUGCAAAGGGAGAUCCAGGCCCAAAAGGCGAGCGUGGUGAAAAUGGCACCCCGGGGGCUCCUGGUCCGCCUGGUGAGGAAGGCAAAAGAGGUGCAAAUGGUGAACCCGGCCAGAAUGGCGUACCUGGUACACCCGGAGAAAGGGGCUCCCCCGGUUUCCGUGGCUUACCUGGUAGCAAUGGACUUCCAGGUGAAAAGGGUCCUGCAGGUGAACGUGGUGGCCCAGGUCCUCCUGGCCCCAGUGGACCUGCAGGAGAGCGUGGACAAGAUGGAGGCCCAGGUCUUCCUGGAAUGAGAGGUUUGCCUGGAAUUCCAGGAAGCCCUGGAAGCGAUGGAAAACCUGGCCCUCCAGGUAAUCAGGGUGAAUCUGGCCGCUCUGGUCCACCAGGCCCCCCAGGCCCACGUGGUCAGCCAGGUGUAAUGGGUUUCCCGGGUCCUAAGGGUAAUGAGGGUGCACCAGGUAAGAACGGAGAAAGAGGACCUGGUGGGCCACCUGGAACACCUGGUCCUGCUGGGAAGAACGGUGAUGUUGGCCUCCCCGGUCCUCCUGGACCUACGGGUGCUUCUGGAGAGAGAGGAGAACCGGGACCGUCAGGUCCACCCGGCCUCCAGGGAUUGCCCGGUGGACCAGGACCAGCUGGAGAGAAUGGAAAGCCUGGAGAACCAGGGCCAAAAGGUGAUAUUGGAGGACCCGGAUUCCCAGGCCCUAAGGGCGAAAAUGGCAUCCCAGGUGAACGUGGUGCACAGGGUCCUCCAGGACCUCCUGGAACAAGAGGUGGGCCAGGUCCUGCUGGGACAGAAGGUGCCAAGGGUCCUCCUGGACCCCCUGGUCCCCCUGGAGGCACAGGGCUGCCGGGCUUACAGGGAAUGCCAGGAGAAAGAGGAGCUUCUGGGAGCCCUGGACCAAAGGGAGAUAAGGGAGAACCUGGUGGGAAAGGUGCUGAUGGCAUUCCAGAAGACCUAUUAAAUUCAGGUGAUUUUGGAUUAGGUUUUGAUAGUGGGGAGGUGGGGGAGGAGGAAGAGGAUAAAUCAAUUGGAGAUCUGUCACAUCACAAGAAGGGUAAUGUAGGUCCCAUCGGUCCUCCUGGUCCUGCCGGCCCACCUGGAGAUAAGGGAGAGACUGGUCCAGCAGGAGCCCCAGGUCCAAUGGGUUCCCGUGGUGGUCCUGGUGAACGAGGAGAACAAGGUCUUCCUGGACCUGCUGGCUUCCCUGGAGCUCCAGGCCAAAACGGUGAACCUGGUGGGAAAGGAGAAAGAGGCCCACCUGGGCUAAGAGGAGAGGCUGGACCCCCUGGAGCUGCAGGGCCACAAGGUGGUCCUGGUGCACCAGGUCCACCUGGUCCCCAAGGAACAAAAGGAGAACGGGGAUCUCCUGGUGGCCCUGGUGCUGCUGGUUUCCCUGGCGCUCGUGGUCUGCCCGGUCCCCCUGGUAACAACGGUAGCCCAGGUCCCCCUGGUAACGCAGGACCUGCAGGCAAAGAUGGGCCUCCUGGACCCCCUGGUAGCUCUGGUUCUCCUGGCAGUCCAGGACCUGCUGGAACAAGAGGUGAGCCCGGCCCACCAGGAGAAAAAGGAUCACCAGGCGCACGAGGAGAAAGGGGGGCACCAGGUGAAACAGGUCCUCAAGGCAUCGUUGGUGGCCGGGGUAACACAGGAUUGCCAGGUCUGCGUGGCCCGAGCGGUCCACCCGGUAUGGCGGGGGGCGGUGAAGAUGGGAAACCAGGCACCAACGGUGUCCCAGGAGAACGUGGUGCUCCUGGUCCACAAGGUCCUAUUGGACAGAGAGGCUUACCUGGAGAGCCCGGCAGAGACGGUAACCCUGGCUCAGAUGGCUUGCCUGGACGUGACGGAUCCCCAGGAGGCAAAGGUGACCGUGGUGAAAAUGGCUCUCCUGGCCCUCCGGGACCUCCUGGCCACCCUGGACCUGCAGGUACCAGUGGUGCACCCGGAAAAGCUGGUGAAAGAGGAUUUCAGGGUCCACCUGGCCCUCCUGGCUCUACUGGUCCUGCUGGUGCUCGUGGCCCUGCUGGUCCUCAAGGUCCUCGCGGUGAUAAAGGUGAAACCGGUGAACGAGGCAGCAACGGCAUAAAGGGUCACAGAGGAUUUCCCGGUACCCCUGGUCUCCCUGGCCCUCCUGGUCCCCUGGGUCCACAAGGUGCAAUCGGAAGUCCGGGAGCUUCAGGUGCAAGGGGUCCCCCAGGACCAGCUGGGCCACCUGGAAAAGAUGGUACAAGUGGUUAUCCAGGUCCAAUUGGUCCUCCCGGCCCCCGUGGGAACAGAGGUGAAAGUGGCCCCGCAGGUCCACCAGGCCAGCCUGGUCUUCCUGGUCCUUCUGGUCCUCCUGGUCCAUGUUGUGGUGGUGCAGCUUCCUUGGGUGCUGGUGAAAAGGGUCCAGUGGGCUAUGGCUAUGAAUAUCGUGAUGAGCCAAAAGAAAAUGAUAUCAAUCUGGGUGACAUCAUAUCUUCAAUGAAAUCAAUUAACAACCAGAUUGAGAACAUCAUUAGUCCCGAUGGGUCGCGGAAGAACCCAGCUCGUAACUGCAGAGACCUGAAGUUCUGCCAUCCCGAGCUCAAGAGCGGAGAGUACUGGAUUGAUCCUAACCAAGGCUGCAGGAUGGAUGCUAUUAAAGUAUACUGUAAUAUGGAAACCGGUGAGACGUGCCUCAGCGCUAACCCCGGCACCGUGCCAAGGAAGAACUGGUGGAGCAGCGAAAGCAGUGCAAUGAAACACGUUUGGUUUGGAGAAUCUAUGAAUGGAGGCUUCCAGUUCAGCUACGGAGAUCCUGAGCUUCCAGAGGAUGUCUCGGAAGUUCAGCUGGCCUUCCUCCGCAUCCUCUCCAGCCGUGCCUCCCAGAACAUCACCUACCACUGCAAGAACAGCAUUGCCUACAUGGAUCAAGCCAGUGGGAAUGUUAAAAAAGCCCUGAAACUGAUGAGCUCUAUGGAAAGUGAGAUCAAGGCUGAAGGAAACAGCAAAUUCACAUACGCUGUUCUGGAAGACGGCUGUACUAAACACACCGGCGAAUGGGGUAAAACGGUCUUUGAAUACAGAACGCGCAAGACAAUGCGGUUACCUGUGGUCGAUAUCGCACCCAUAGAUAUCGGUGGUCCUGAUCAGGAAUUUGGCGUGGACGUUGGCCCGGUCUGCUUCUUAUAAGUCAAAGAUCCUGCUCUUUCUGAAACCCCAGCAAACAGAUUCACACUCCAACUGUGCUCCUUUGUUUUAGCCUCGUCAGCUAGUACAGGGUCCAUCUGUAUCCCAGUUAUUUAUUAACAAAAUUUCUGGGGGAGAAAUCAAUUUGAUAUCAAGGGUUAAUUUUUCGCUAUUACACGAAGUACAGUAAAAAUGCUUUUUUCUCUAUUUUUUUUUUACCAAAUUUCAUCUUCAGAACAUGUCUCCUUGGUGCUAUAAUACAACUUCAACACUUAAUAAAACAACACUGUGUCCAAUGAGUUGAAUGUUAGCCAAUUUACAAAGCACUGAUUGCUCCCAGUACCAAAGUUUACCCUUCUUCCCGAGGUGCAGUCCGUAAAGCUAGGAAGACCUCCCUGUUUCAACUACCUCAACAUGGACAGAAACUGGGAUGUGUCUGAUGAGUCAAACCAAAAAUCAGUCAAAGGAACCAAGCAAAACACACUGGACCGCUUGGUCGGUGCGGUGGAAGCAUGUGGUACAAAAUCGCCUGUCUGUACUGAUUCGCUGUGGAAGUACAGGUUCACGCCGUCCAGUAACUCCUCCAUGCCAGCAGUCACCCGAUUUUCUUGUUGGAUUGUAUUCUGUUAUCAAAGGUGCUUCUCUACUUUCCUGUCAUUGCUGGUCAAGACCACUAAAAUUAGGGAAGUGUAAAAGACUAAUAUGAUGGUGCUAAUGUAUUUUUCACUCCUAACUCUGCAAGUCAGGGUUAUUGACUUGCUGAAAAAAAAAAAGGCAAAGGAUUUAACGCAGUCGUAAAUGUCUCCUGUCGCGGAUCGCCAUUGGCAUGUCAUAGUGGAGACUUCUCCCCUCACUCUGUCCAAGUCAAUAGAGGUGCCAAAUUGUGAACAACUUCUGUCACGUUAACACAUCUAUAGUGUUGAAGGUUAACCAUCUUUGUAAGCUUUUAUAUGGUUGUUGGUCUAUUCCUUACAGAGACACAUAAUAAAAUAUCUUAAUAAAACUCCUUGUUGUUUCAUAAAA